AUGAGCUCUUCUGAGGACGAUGUGCCUCUCGCGCGCACCAAUGGACGUGGUAAAUCUUCGCCCAAGCUCACUGAUACCGAAAUGGCCAAUUCAAGCCCUACUGGCGCGAAUGGUCAUGUUGACCCCGGUGUCUCUAUCCGAUUUGGUGCCGUCGAAGACAAGGAUGUGAAGAUGGAGGACGCGGGAGAUGAUGCGCUUUCCGCUGGUAAGCGCAAAUCUCGGGCUAGUAUCGGGGGUCAGAAGUCAUAUGCAGAGGCGGAGAGCAGCGAGGAAGAUGAACCCUUGAGCAAGCGGCGACGUACUUCGGUUAAGCACGAAGACCCGGAAACCGAUGAUGAUGUGCCUCUGGCACGCAAUGGUCGAAAGCUUCCCAAGGCCUCCGAGACCGCCAUUGGAGAAGAUUCUGAUUCCGACGUUCCCAUUGAGCGAAAGCUCACGGCGCAGAAGUUGAAAAUCGAACAGACUGCCGAAAAGGAAGCUCGCAAGCCAGCUGUCAAAAAGGAAACCAAGCCUGCACCAGCCAAGAAAGCAGCCAACGGCGUCAAGAAAGAGCCUGCUAGUAGUGCGGCUUCCAAGAAGGUGAAGGCUGAGCCUGCCUCCGCGAAGAAGGGCAAGGCUAAGCCGGUCAAGGCCGAAAGCCAAGAUGCCGAAGACAAAGACGAGGAAGACGAAUAUCGCUGGUGGGAAGACGCCAGCAAGGGCGACGGCACCAUCAAAUGGACGACAUUGGAGCACGCUGGUGUUGUCUUCCCUCCCGAAUACGAAUUGUUACCGAAGAAUGUCAAGUUGAAGUACGACGGCAUCCCCGUCAGCCUUGAGCCUGAAGCCGAGGAGGUCGCCAGCUUUUUCGGAACCAUGCUCAACUCGGCCCACAACGUAGAAAACCCAGUUUUUCAAAAGAACUUCUUCGGUGACUUCAAGGACAUCAUCAAGAAAACUGGUGGAGCUAAGGACUCCAAGGGCAACAAGAUCGACAUCAAGGAGUUCGCGAAAUGCGAUUUCCAAGCCAUUUUCGACUUCUAUGAAGGUCAGCGCGCAGAGAAGCGAAACCUGACGCCUGCAGAAAAGAAGGCCGCCAAAGCCGAAAAAGACAAGCUCGAGGAACCCUUCCAAUACUGCAUCUGGGAUGGCCGCAAGCAGAAGGUUGGAAACUUCCGCGUUGAACCUCCUUCUCUGUUCCGUGGACGUGGCGAGCAUCCAAAGACUGGCCGUGUCAAGACACGGGUGCAGCCCGAACAGAUCACCAUUAACAUUGGCAAGGAGGCUACGGUCCCCCCACCUCCUGAAGGCCACCGCUGGAAGGAGGUCAAACACGACCAGGAAGGCACAUGGCUUGCCAUGUGGCAAGAGAACAUCAAUGGCAACUAUAAGUACGUCAUGUUGGCUGCCAACUCUGAUGUCAAGGGCCAGAGCGACUUCAAGAAGUUUGAAAAGGCUCGUGAACUUAAGAAGCACAUUGAAAAGAUCAGAAAAGACUACCAGAAGAACCUGAAGCACGACAUGAUGGUGGAGCGCCAGAAGGCCACGGCAGUCUACCUCAUUGAUCAGUUCGCACUGCGUGCUGGUAAUGAGAAAGGCGAAGAUGAGGCCGAAACUGUCGGUUGUUGCUCAUUGAAGUACGAAAACGUCACACUGAAGCCUCCCAACACUGUCGUCUUUGAUUUCCUGGGUAAGGAUAGUAUUCGGUUUUACGAUGAGGUCAAAGUCGAUAUGCAGGUCUUCAAGAACUUGAAGAUCUUCAAGAAGGCACCCAAGAAGAACGGCGAUGAGAUCUUCGAUCGGCUCACGACUUCUGCGCUCAACAAGCAUCUUGCCAACUACAUGCCUGGACUGACCGCCAAGGUGUUCCGUACUUACAACGCCUCGUACACCAUGGGCUCCGUGCUCAAGGAGAUGAGUGGAGCUGGCGGUACCGUUGCCGAGAAGGUGAAGGCGUACAACGAUGCAAACCGCAAGGUUGCAAUUCUCUGUAACCACAAGCGUACUGUCACUGCUGGUCAUGCCAACGCCAUGGAGAAGAUGGGCGAGCGGAUCAAGGGACUUCGAUAUCAGAAGUGGCGCCUCAAGCAGAUGAUGCUCGACCUGGAUCCCACCUUGAAGAAGAAGAGGGGUGCUGCCUUCUUCGAGAUCGACGAAGAUCUUGAUCAAGAAUGGAUCAAUGAGCACCAGGCCUUCUUGAUUGAAGAGCAGCGGACCAAAAUUAACAAGAAGUUUGAGAAAGAUAACGAAAAGCGGGUCGCUGAUGGUGAAAAGGAGAUGAAGGCAUCCGAGCUCGAAGAACGUCUUAACGCCGUCAAAGAUAUGGAGAAGAAAUUCAAGAAGGAGAACAAGACCGGCAAGGUCGAAGCUGAGGCCCGAGGCGCGACUGUCGAGAAGCUUGACGCUCAAACUCAGAAGAUCGACCAGCGCGUUGAGACUAUGUCCGUCCAGGCCCAGGACAAGGAAGACAACAAGGAAGUUGCUCUGGGUACAUCCAAGAUUAACUAUAUUGAUCCCCGUCUUACCGUCGUCUUCAGCAAGAAGUUCGACGUCCCCAUUGAGAAGUUCUUCUCCAAGGCCCUGCGCGAAAAGUUCGAGUGGGCCAUCAAGUCUGUCGAAGAGGACUGGGAGUUCUAA